GACCCUGCAGGGGAAAGUUCUUUUUGAGAACACCGAGCCCCUCUGCCUGCCUGUUAGGUCAGGGGCAACGCACCGCCGUUCCCGGGGAGGGUCGGGCAGUCCGCAGCGAGGUGGCUCGGGUCACAGCGGGCAGGUCCAUUACAUAACCGCGAGGCGGCCCCUCACCCCUCGCCAAGCCGCGGCCCGUAGAGCGGAUCCCGGGAUAAAUCCUAUUCACCCGCCGGCCAGAGUCCACGGCGGAGCUGGGGGCGUUGAACUCCCCGGUGCCUUUCGGAGGCUGAGCGCGGGGAUUUUCCCUGCCACGCUCUCCGCCUCCCGCGCUGCCCGUGGGGCCCCAGCCCCAGCCCCGCCGGCGCCUCCGCCCCGUCCGCUCCCCGCCCCUCGGGAGCGCGGACCACGGCGCCUGGGGCCCGGGAAGGGGCCACCGCACGGUGGGUGCACCCCGGGGGCAUGUCCGCGCGCCACCGCCCGGGCUGCAGCGGUCCACGCGAGACAAAGUGUGAGGGCAGGAGCUGAGUCGUGUCACAGCCGUCACACAACUUCAGAUGUCUGAAGUACCGCUCAGGUGUCUGAGUCAUGGCAUCUCACCGUGAAUAGAGCCCUCUGGAGCUGGGUUUCAGCUGUCCCUGCCUAACUGGUUGCAGCAACUGUCAUGGUACCUGCCCUUUGAGAGCAGAGCCCCUGACCGUGAGAGGCGGGGAGGACGUUUGCUCAUCUCUGCUUGUUCAGUGCCUGCAUGUACCAGCGCUGCUGUCGCACGAAAGAAAUGAAGAUGCGCUAGCCCUAGUCACGUCUUCCAGCGACCCUGGGCAAGUCUCCUGAAGAUCAGAAGAUUCUAGUCUCGGUUUCGAAGCCUCAAAUUGAAUUUGCGGGGACUCUGGAGCCAGCACUCCAGGCAGGAUUUAAACACCUGUGUGACCUGUGAUGGCCAAUAACCCAUGUGCCAGGUAGCACUCUAUGCCAAUCUUGAAUGCCAACCGGAAGUCACUGGACGGCAAACCCUUCCAAGAUCAUAACUGGGCUGUUGGAGUAACUUGGGAAAGAAGAAAAAGGAAUUGAAAGUAUGGCAAAAGUAAAUAGAGCUCGGUCUACCUCCCCUCCUGAUGGAGGCUGGGGCUGGAUGAUCGUGGCUGGCUGUUUCCUUGUUACCAUCUGCACCCGGGCAGUAACCAGAUGUAUUUCAAUUUUUUUUGUGGAGUUCCAGACAUACUUCUCUCAGGAUUAUGCACAGACAGCCUGGAUCCAUUCCAUUGUAGACUGCGUGACCAUGCUCUGUGCUCCACUUGGGAGUGUUGUCAGUAACCAUUUCUCCUGUCAAGUGGGAAUCAUGCUGGGUGGCUUGCUUGCAUCUACUGGUCUCAUCCUGGGCUCAUUUGCCACCAGUCUGAAGCAUCUCUACCUCACUCUUGGAGUUCUUACAGGUCUUGGAUUUGCACUUUGUUACUCUCCAGCUAUUGCCAUGGUUGGCAAGUAUUUCAGCAGACGGAAAGCCCUUGCUUAUGGGAUCUCCCUGUCAGGAAGUGGCAUUGGCAUCUUCAUCCUGGCUCCUGUGGUUCAGCUCCUUAUUGAACAGUUUUCCUGGAGAGGAGCAUUACUCAUCCUUGGGGGCUUCGUUUUGAAUCUCUGUGUCUGCGGUGCCUUGAUGCGGCCGAUCACCCUUAAAGAGGACCAGACCACUCCAGAGCAGAACCAUGUCUGCAGAACUCGGACACAAGACUUGAAGCGGGCAUCUUCCUGUUCGACUUGGACUAAAGAAUGGGUGCAGACCUGCCUCUGUAGCUCUUUGCAGCAGGAAUACAGUUUUCUACUGAUGUCAGACUUUGUCGUGUUGGCCAUCUCUGUCCUGUUUAUGGCUUAUGGCUGUAGCCCUCUGUUUGUGUACUUCGUGCCUUAUGCAUUGAGUGUCGGAGUGACUCAUCAGCAAGCUGCUUUUCUUAUGUCUAUUCUUGGGGUGAUUGACAUUAUUGGCAAUAUCACGUUUGGAUGGCUAACUGACAGAAGGUGUCUGAAGAACUACCAGUAUGUUUGCUACCUCUUUGCCAUCGGACUGGAUGGGCUCUGCUAUCUCUGCCUCCCAAUGCUUCAAAGCCUUCCCCUGCUCGUGCCUUUCGCUUGUACUUUUGGCUACUUCGAUGGUGCCUAUGUGACUUUGAUCCCAGUAGUGACCGCAGAAAUUGUGGGGACCACCUCUCUGUCAUCAGCACUCGGCGUGGUGUACUUCUUGCACGCGGUGCCGUACUUGGUGAGCCCACCCAUCGCAGGAUGGCUUGUAGAUACGACCGGCAGCUACACUGCAGCGUUCCUUCUCUGUGGAUUCUCAAUGAUAUUUAGCUCUUUGCUGCUUGGCUUUGCUAGAGUUGUAAAGAAGAUGAAAAAAACCCAGCUGCGGCUCCUUGCCAAAGAAUCAGAUCCCAAGAUGCAGCUAUGGACCAAUGGCUCGGUGGCUUAUUCUGUAGCAAGAGAAUUAGAUCAGAAAGAUGGGGAAUCUGCGCUCUAGCAAUGCUUGGUUCCAGCCCCACAUGACCAAUGGCUUUGAGCCUAGGAAUUUUCAGGGCUGAGAGAGGUGGGACACCGGAUUGUAUAUGUUUCUGAAGGAUUUUAUUUUGGCAGAAGCGUUGCCUUCCAAGGAAAUUUAUUGUUUUAUUAAUAUGUUUGUAGGGGGUUGGGAAAUAGCAAAUAACAAAGCAAACUGGACCGGCUGAGAGUUUCCCCAUUUGGGAUUCACAAUUGAAUUCAAAGAGCAUCACACCGUGGAGAAUGUUAGGACACAACUGAUAUAAUUUCCUGUAAACAGGGGUAAUUUCAACAAAUGACUAAAGCAGAUAACAGUGGAACAGCUUUGUUUCAAACUGUCUGUCUCUCCACCUUCCUUCUUCAGUUAGAAGGUAAGCCAGAAGCAUUGACAUGUAGGUUUCUUUAUGCUGUUUGGAAAAGGGGGUAUCACAUUUUAAUCACUGCCUUUUGAAGAAUCUAUUCUUUAAGCACUCUGUUUCACAUCCUAAUGAGAAGCUCCACUAGGAAGAAGGUUUAGCAUCCUCACCUUCCACCACCACUGAAAGCUCAUUUCCUCCGGCCAGGUGCUCGCCUCUGUUGCUAUCACAUAUGAUACUUUAAAUUGAUAGAACACGCAAAGUCACGUGGGUGAUUCCUAAAUCUUACCAGAAAUGUUAACACUAACAUUUCCCUUUUUUUCUUCAGAAAUAGAGCACUUAUUUUAACUGUAGACUUCCCUGUUAGGAAUGGGAAAAUGUUGGCAGCAUUCCAGCUGGGCAGGAAUUGAAUUCUUGAAUCAGCAGGUCCCUGGUGAGAGUUUUCUUUUCAGAUCAGACAUUUAACUUCAGCAUUACCCAAAACAAGGUGAGAGUGUUGCCUGAAAAAUAUUAUUCUAGAGAUGUUCUGAAAGUGAGGUUCCUUUUUCCCUGUGUCAGUUAUUGUUCCAGCGUCCACUGCUCUUCAUCUCUUUAUAGAUAAUCAUUAGGAACUUGGUGGACCUUUUCUGCUGAAUGAGAAGGCUUUGGGAGUUAACCUCAGCACUGUGGCCUUCUCACAAAUUAUAGCUUUGGCCAGGAGAGAGGAAGGACAAAGUUAAGAAGGCUAGUGGUGUGUUGUUUUAUAGUUCAUAGAACUCUUUCACACACCUUAAAUCACUGGAUUAGAAUAGUUCUCUCAUUUCCAAGUACCCUAUCUCCCUAUGGUUCGGGUCUUCAGAUUGAUGAGGGGAGGGCAUGGGGAGAUAAGAAAGAGGUCAGACCCCCAGCCUGUCCCUAACCAUUUUAAGUCCUCUGAACUACAAUCCUGAAUCCCAAAUCAUGCUGCACUUAUAAAAUAGGGGCAAGUUAUACAUUUGAAAGGAGAUUUUAAUUAAUUAAAACUUUUAAAUCUGGGAACUUCCCUGGAGGUGCAGUGGUUAAGACUCCACGCUUCCAAUUCAGGGGCCUCAGUUUUGAUCCCUGGUUGGGGAGCUCAGAUCCCUCGUGCUGAGCCCCAUGGCCAAAAAACAAAAAACAUUAAGUCUGAACCUCAAGGAAAUAUUUUGACCCUGAAGGUUAUUCAAUCCACUGUCCCCAGAGAGGUCUCACAAAUGCCUGGACACAGGUACUGAAAGAAAAAACACAGCCAUGAGGGGCACCCAGGUUGACCAAGUAUAUUCAGCAUGAGUCUUUGCCUAUAACUGGAUUAUUUUAAAUAUUACAUAUUAAUACAGUGCUUUCAGAAUGAAAUGCUGACUUGAUUUGAUGGCAGAAAGCUAGUAUCUCAUAGAUGUUUUCCAAAGAGAAAUUGGAAUGUUUCCUGUUAUUUUUAUACUUAGUUUGAAGAUUUAGUUGUGAAACCACUUUCCUUGUCGUUUGCCAUUUCAAAGCAAUGUUUGGAAACUAUCUGUAAACAGUCAAAGUUAAAAUGAAGUUGUAUGUGUUUGGAAUAACACUUUAUACUGAAUGUCAUUUCUUAAAUCUUCAAACCUAAAGAUUGUUUGAAAUAUAAAGAGUUAUAAGUAUUCUUAUACGUGUUUUUUCCUAUGAUGGUCACAGUAAAAUUAUGUUUAUCUUGUUCAGCAAUGUAAUUUCUCUAAAAGUAUUAUAAAUAAUCAUGAAAAAUGAGCAUAGAGAUCAGAGCUUUUAAAAAUUUGUGUAAAAUAUUUGGGAUAUUCUGACUUUAUACAUGCAUACAUUUGUAUUUUAUUUUUCUUUUUGGAGCAGCAUUUUUAGAAAACCAGUAAAGAAAAUGUAGACUUUAGAGGUUACCAUUGUCAUCUAUACAAGAUUUUACUGUUACGUUCCAUGUGCCUAUACUGUUUAUUUUAAAAUGGAGGGAUUCAUGAAAAUAAUGUGUAUGCUUUGUGGAAUCAAGAACAAAAUUGUGGUGGGAUGAUUUUAUAUCUUAAAUAUUUCUUUAUAUCACUGCAAGUUCUACUUUGAAAUUGAGUAAAAAAAAAAGGCAAAAGAAAUAUGUAACUUCUGUAGAUACACUGUACCAGUUGACUUUUUUUUUCAGAUUGUGACUUCACUAAUAGAUCAGAUAUUUAUGAUAAUAUUUUCUUAUUUCAAAAGCAUAAUAAAAUGAGUUUAUAGUCA